CUAUGGCUUCAGAAUAAGCCUUUACUGCAUCAUUGAAUUGUCCAACGGACAAUAACCCAUCGGCUCUGCUUAUGAGAGGCAAGAGACCUGGUGGGUAGAGCGACGACCCAGUGCUUGGUGAAGGGUCUGCGACGACUGUGGAGAAUAGUAGGGAGAGGGAUAUUGAAACGACCGUGGUGAAUCCAAGACGCACUCGCAUGGCGGGCUCGAGGGUAUAGGUCCUAGGAAGGAUAGUCAGAUAUGGUCAAGAGCAAGUUGCAGUCGUGCUCACAAUCGCAACUGGGCCUUGACGAUGUAGAGGACGAGUGAAAUGGGGAGGCUUGUUAUGAGAUGAAGAGGUUGCAAGUUGAACAUUGUCGGUAUUCCACGUAAAUGGACUCUCCGGGGUCCUGCUUCGGGCUUACUGAGCGCUCGGUACUCGCUCAGUUGUCGCCUAGCGUCGUACUCAAGAUACACCAGAGUUAACAACGAGUUCACAAGUUGGAAACUCUGUUUGAAGCAACACCGGAUGGCCAACAACACUGAGCCCUAUGUUCGCCCAGGAGAACCGCUUCCCGAUUUCUUGCGCUCCUUUUGGCAGCGACAGAUUGAUACUGCUGAGCAGGAAACCCCAGACUACCGACAUCCACCACUUCCCCUCGCAAGAAUCAAGAAGGUCAUGAAAAGCGACCCUGAAGUCAAGAUGAUUGCAGCUGAUGCACCCAUCCUAUUCUGUAAAGCAUGUGAAAUCUUCAUUUCAGAGAUCACUGCCCGUGCCUUCAUCAUCGCCGACUCCAACAAAAGGCGCACUCUCUCCCGUGCUGACAUUGCCAAAGCCAUAAGCAAGUCAGACCAAUUCGACUUCCUUAUUGAUGUUGUCCCUCGGGAGGAUCCUCUCGGUGGUGCUCCCUCAGGCGCGCCUACAUCCAAGGCUCCACCUAAGAGAGCCAGCUCAGAUGGCAAAGACGACGAGCAGCUACUGAACAAUGAUACACGAGCCGUGUCUUUGACUUUGGGCCCUGGCGAGAGCGGCUCUCAUAACGAUCUUUCCAGCUCUGAUGUUCUGGAUCAGCUUCAGACGCUUCUCAACCCCUCUGGUUCCAUUGAACACCAUCCAUCAUCAUAGGCAGAGUCUUAUGUUGUAGCUUCUCAGUUAAUUUUAUUCAUAUUCUGUCGAGCAUGUACUUAUAACAGUAGGAAUACUUGGACAAAUCUCAUUUGUCUCAUUCAGAAUUAUGCAUUUGAGCAAUAA